AUGUACUCAUCAGCAAAUCAAACUUUAUUAUUGAAUAGUUCGUUAGAUGAUGAUGAAUUAUAUUGUUCCGCAUUAUUUGAUAAUCUAUGUUGGCCUAAAACACGUGCCAACCAGUCAAUUACUAUUUCAUGUUCAUCAUUAGCAUCACAAGGAGUCGAUUCAAGCAAAUUUGUCACUCGACAUUGUCUUUCAAACGGUAAAUGGUCAAAUGUUUCAUAUCAGUCAUGCGUUUAUCCGGACGUUUGGGAUUUAAUGAUGACAUUUUAUAUACCACGGAAUGUUCAACAACGAAAAUCGUAUACAACUAUUCUUCAGGCUGUGCGUAUCAUUGAAUUAGUUGGAUUAUCAGUAUCAUUUAUCAGUGUACUUCUUUCUCUUAUAAUAUUUUUUACUUUGAAAUCACUUUGCUGCAGUCGUACGAAAAUUCAUAUUAAUCUUUUAUUAGCCAUAUUUAUUCAAAUAAUUGCUAGAAUAGUUAAUUAUGGAAUUCAAAUGAAGCAGUCUAAUAGUCCCUCACAAACAGAACCAAUGCAAUGUGGUGUAGAUGAAAGUGUUCGUGGCCGUGAAAUCUCAUCUAUAUUUCAAAGCAUGUGUCCAUUAAUUGUCAUUUUUUUACAAUUCAGUAUAACAUCCAUGUUUAUGUGGAUGUUGUGUGAAGGCAUUCAUCUUAAUAAUGUAUUAACAGUUAGUGUAUUUAAAAAUCAUGUUAAAACAUGUUAUUUUUAUAUACUAGGAUGGAUUGUUCCAUUGUGUAUAACACUCAGUUGGAGUAUUAUUAUGUUUUUUAAAGAGCGUGAUCGGAAAUGUUGGACAAAUUAUAAUUAUCUUAAAUAUUAUUGGAUUAUCGAUGGACCUCGAUAUGCAGUUAUGAUUAUAAAUUUUAUAUUUUUAUUGAAUAUAAUACGUGUUCUUUUGGUUAAAAUUAAAGAAGGCUCACACAAACAAAUACGUGAUGAAAAACAUCGUCGCGGUUCAAUGAAUACAAACUUUGUCAAAAAAGCAGUAAGAGCAGCUAUUUUCCUAUUACCGUUAUUAGGUAUUACACAUAUGCUUGAAACAUUUGUUUCACCAGAUCAUCAAUCAAUAGCUCUGUUUGCUUUGUAUUGCUCGGUGACUUACUUUUUAGUGACAUUCCAAGGCUUUUUCUGUUCCUUACUUUAUUGUUUCUUAAAUACAGAGGUUCGCGACACAGUAUCUCGUCGGCUUGAAACAACACAAUUCUGGACCCAAUGGAAACGGUGGUUAGGAUUAGGAAGUAAAGAUCGAUAUAGAGAUGGUACAAUAAACAACGAGGAUCGAACACGAUUAGAAUUAUUAAUUCCUCAGCCCAAUUUAAGACCUUCAAUUGCAUUUGAAAUGGAUGAUCGUCGAUUAAAGAGUGAUGUCGACACAACUCAAUAG